AUGAUACCUUUCAAGGGACGGUCUUCGCUCAAGCAGUAUAUGCCUCUCAAGCCAGUAAAACAAGGAUACAAGGUAUGGUGUUUAGCAGACUCAAAGACUGGCUAUGUCAUAAAACUUGAUAUUUACACAGGAAAAUCAAAUGACGGAUGUACAGAAAAUUCUCUGGGAGAGCGUGUAGUCAUUAGCUUCACCCAAGACCUGAAAUAUAGUAACAGUUUAGUAGCGUUUGGCAACUUCUUCACCACAACAAUCCUAGAGAUACCACACUUGUCUCAAGAAAGAAUAAGGACGGCACAACCAGCAUGUCCCACAGCUGUGGCAACAUACAAUACCAUAAUGGGAGGUGUAGAUCACUUUGAUCAACUUAGAGAAAGUUAUGCAAUAGGUCGACGUUCUCGACAAGUGGGAUAUGAUGAUCAAUUGAACUUUCGAUUACGACUCACAAAACAAUUGAUAGAUGGCUUUACAUCCCGCAAAAAAAAAAGAGGACAUCCAGUAACCAUUCUAACCAAGAAGAACAUCGUACCAGAUCAUGUUUGA